AUGUCUAAAAUACCAAGCCAGCAGGUGGUCAUUGUCGGAAUCGACGCAAAUGCGAAGAUGGGACUCGAACAGCAAUCCGAUGUGCUAGGAAAAUGGUACUAUGCAGCGGAGCGCACGUCGGACAACGGUGACCGUCUGGUCGACUUGUGCGAACAGACGGGCCUCAUCAUCGCUUCCACGUUUAAGAGGAAUCAUCGACGCCAUCAGCUCACGUGGCAGGGGUCAACCCUUUUAACGCCUGAAGAGCAGCGCAAGCGGAAGAUGAGGACUCUUAAACUUCAGCUCAACUACGUUCUGGCGAGGAACAUUCCUCAGUCAGAUAUCAGAAAAUCUAGAGCUGUUUGGGACGUCGCGUUCGACCCUGACCACCGCCCAUUUCUUCUCAGCUUCAAGAUACGGUUCCACAAGAGAAACCGAGGAGUUCCUCUUCAACUGAAAAUCGACAUGGCAGGUCUGAAAGACGAUGAAUGCAGAAGAAAAUUCCGCAACUAUUCAUGUUGGAGUACGGACCAGGAAGAAGCUUAG